CUGAAUGCGGAACUGACACCCAGCGUAUCUGUUUACAUGGAGCUUGGGACAUCGUUGAACAUCAUGUCUUUCAGGUGACACCUACGUUUAAAGUGAUGUGUGAAGCAGCAGAGAAGGACCUGUAUGCUGUCCUGGGAGCCAGCCCUUCAGACUCAGUCCAGCAACUCAGGCACAGAUACCAGCAGCUGGCCUUACAGUACCAUCCAGACCGUGUUGGCAGCGCAUGUUCAUCAGAAGCAGAGUCUGCUGUGAAAAAAUUCUUAGAAGUUGAUGCUGCCUGGAGGAUCCUCAGUGACCAGGACACCAGGAGGCAGUAUGACUUACAGAGGAGAGCCCAGGAGCUGAAGCAGGACUGGCCAGUGGAUUCUACAGUUUAUCUGGAGGAUAUGACCUGGGACCAGGGGGAGUGUGUGUACACAUACUGCUGUCGCUGUGGAGGAAGGUUUGACGUCUCUAUGGAGGAGGUAGAGGAGGAGACACAGCAGCAGGAUGAUGAAGAGGAACACAGAGGAGUGGUUGUUUGCUGUGACACAUGUUCCCUCAGUGUUUACGUCACAUGGUCAUCACAUUCAAAGACUCAAAUCUUAAAAUCUCAAUAAUAUUUAUGUGAAACUUUGAUGCUGCUAAGAUGGACUGUCAUUUUAUUAAUAUUUCCCUUCUGGAAGAGGCAGAUAAUUAUCAAACUGUUGUUUUUGGUCAUCUGAAGUGGACAGAGCAAGAGUCCUUCAACAUCCCGGAUACGUUCAACAUCUCCAUCACUUCUGUAAGGGGACUAUAGAGCAGGGACACCAAUUAAGUAACCUGACACACCAGAUGGAUGUGUUUCACACAUCCAUCUGGAAAACCUCCAAUUGACAGUGUUUGUGAAAGGGCAGAGCCUUUGAAAAGAAACUUGGAGGGUGAUUGGAUGAAUGUUUUGUCUGUCACAUCUUUACAGGCCAAUCAGGGCAACAAAACACAUGACUAUUAGACUCUUGCCAAAUCUGUUUAGGAGAAGGGCAAAACAUUGUUUCCAUAAAGAAAAGAACUCAGUGCUGUUCUUUGUUCUCUUUUUAACAAAGAAAUGUUAUCAAGUUCUGAUAAAACUGGCACUGUAGCUGGUUAGGGCAGUUUUAGAUUAACUAAGAGUGAGCAAAGGUAGAUGUUUAUUGUGUUUAUACACAAUGGCUCAUUAGCGUUAGUGAAUAGGAACGCUGCGAGCUCUAUUUUGAGGAUACAGAGAAACAAACUGUAUUUGGGCAUGUCCUACAAUGUUCUGCACACAAUCUGGGCUCUUAGUGAGGCACAAGGUUCUAAGAGGUUUACAUGGCUGAUUUCUGACUUUAUUCUGAAGUAGACUGAACUCCAUUUGGCUCAUUUACCCUCUCUCCUUUCAUUGUGCCCCUGAACACACACACAAAACUGUAUGGAAUAUGUCGAUCAUGGAUUUAAGUCAUACCUGCAGAACUAUCCCCACAACAUCGGGAACAAGCAGAAAGCAUCAGUCCCGUUAAAAGUUAAGAGAGACGAGAUGAACAUGUCCACAUAAGGCCCAUCUUUGUCAAUUACUAAAAUCUCCAGAAACACCAAUAGGAUCCCGUGUAAACAAAUGUUCAACAUGAAAUAAAGAUAGGCUGUAAAAAUGUAUCGACUUAUUCUCUCGACUGGAAUUCAUGGCUAUUUCUCAAUUGGGUACAUAAUGUUCACCAGACAGUCUGAACUAGCAUCAGUGGGCUCAUAACUCCAGUGAUCUGUUGUGAGAGUUGGUGCUUCUGCAUUCCUGUGAAGAACAGCUGGAAACUAAAGUUAUAACAUGGUUCUCAAAUAUGUAUAAGUUACUGAUCCUUAUGAAAAGGAGUUUAUAAAGCAGUUAACAUCAAAAUGCCACCAGCAAGAACUCUAAUGUUGUCAAUGGUCCAGAUACCUGUAGAAAUCCCACAUAAAAAAAUCUUUUUUUUGAACAUCAGAUUCAUUUGUAUGACUGUUUCUAACUACUGUGUAUCAUUAAAACAAAAAAGAUGAA